UCUUGUUCGAUUCCUCGAGAUGGAAAUUAGGGUUUUGGAGAAUCUAGGAUUUAGAAUUGGAAGCAGAUUGCGAUUAGGUUUCGUCGAACUGCGAUUCUUGAGCUACGUCGAUUCGUCAAGGUUGCGAUUGUUCACGUAGUUCUACUUGCAGUGAUUCGAGCUGUUGUGCAAAGCUGCAGAUAAGUGAGUGAGAUUGUUUUUUGUUUCCAUUAAAAAGAGUAUGAGCUCUCCAUCAACUCAGUUUGCUACCUUAAGAAGGAUGGGUGUAUACGAACCAAACCACCACCAGAUUGGCAUGUGGGGAGAAUCUUUUAGAUGUGAUAGCACUCCACAUACAGGUGAAUCCACAAUUGUGGAGGCUGAUAUGAAGCUAGACAAUAGGUCUGAAAAUGCUUCUCAUGGAAUGCUGGGACCCAUGGAAACAUUUGAUCAAGAACCAAACAAAAUCAGUGAUAAGGUUUUAAGACGCCUUGCACAAAAUCGAGAGGCUGCCCGAAAAAGUCGUUUGCGGAAGAAGGCCUAUGUUCAACAACUAGAGUCAAGUCGUAUGAAGCUGGCACAAAUAGAGCAGGAGCUAGAACGAACCAGACAGCAGCUGCAGGGUGCAUUCUUAGGAGGAUAUGUAGGAGAUUCCAGUCACCUUCCGUUUGGUGGAACCGUUAACUCAGGGGUCGUUGCAUUCGAAUUGGAGUUUGGACACUGGGUUGAAGAGCAAAACAGACAGAUUCGUGAGCUAAGAAGUGCUUUGCAAGCUCAUGUGAGUGAUUUUGAGCUUCGCAUACUCGUAGAAAGUGGCAUGAGCCACUAUGAUGAUCUCUUCCGUAUGAAAACAAUCGCAGCGAAGUCCGAUGUAUUCUUUUUGAUAUCUGGCAUGUGGAGAACGGCCGCAGAACGUUGUUUCCUGUGGAUUGGAGGGUUCCGCCCUUCGGAGGUUCUAAAGGUUCUGAGUCCACGACUUGAACCCCUAACUGAAAAACAAGUCAUGGAUGUUUGUAAUCUGCAACAAUCAUCCCAGCAAGCUGAAGAUGCUCUUUCCCAAGGGAUGGAAAAACUUCAGCAGACCCUGGCUGAAACUCUGACAUCCGAACCAUUGGGUAUAUCGGAUGUGGCAAAUUAUAUGGGACAGAUGACGAAGGCAAUGGGGAAGUUGGAGGCUCUUGCGAGUUUUGUGAACCAGGCAGACCACCUUCGCCAGCAGACCAUGCAGCAGAUGUAUCUCAUUCUAACACCCCGUCAAGCAGCUCGAGGCCUGCUUGCCUUGGGUGAUUAUUUCCAAAGACUUCGGGCCCUAAGUUCCCUCUGGGCUGCUCGUCCUCAUGAACCGGCCUAGUUUAGGCAAUGCAACCGCUGCAGCUUCUCGGAUGUCAAUGUGGUGCUUCAGAACUGCUGUUAAUUAUGAAGGGCCCUUGGUAAUGGUCAACGGCGUAUCAAAUGUAUAUAAGCUGGUGGCAAUUUCGAGGUGGCCCAGCUGUGAUCAUCUAGAAGAUGUAUAUUUCAUUGGGAAGCCCAAAGCUCCAUUGUACGAGUCUUUUUUUAUUUUAUUUUCCCCCACUUACCUGAGGUGCAUAUUGUAUAUUAUGAUGUGUUGUUGUGCCAGUUCAUUUGAUGCAAAGCAAGUGCACGCUAGAUGUUUUGUGGGACAUAACUUUUCACAUUAAAUGUUAAAAGGGGUUGUAUGGGGAUA